GGAUUAGUUGACAACUGCUACUCAUUCCUGCUCCCCUAAACCGCACCACCACCUCCAACUUCUUCACAAAACUCUGAAGUAGGGUAUUCCCUCAACUAAAAGUUGUUGGUUCCUUGUACUCUUCUAUAAAUAACCCUUCCCAUUCAGACGCUUCGAUCACAGCCCGAACCAGUUCUCAAAACAACAUCCUUCUGCCACCACUUCUCAUUCAUUACAAUCUAAGAGCAUGAGCACCGGUGAAGCCGCCCCUUCAACUGCGAUCACCCUUGGAGAACCGAGCGCCGAUGCUCCGGCAAGAGCUCCUGCUGCACCCCCUGCAACCGCACCAAAAGCUCGUUUUGCCAUUUUUAGGAGGACCAAGGUUGGUGCAGGAUGGAAGAGAGGCGUGGCUUGCUUCGGCUUCAUUCUGAGGAUCUUUGCUCUUGCUGCUGCUCUUACUGCUGCAGUUGUCAUGGGAACUACCCACGAAACCCUUCCUUUCUUCACUCACUACUAUCAGUUCCAUGCUGAGUUCUCUGAUCUCCCAGCUUUAGUGUUCUUUGUGGUUGGGAAUGCGAUAGCAGCAGGCUACCUUCUCUUCUCCCUUCCAUUUUCCAUCAUCACCAUUUGUUUUCCACAAGCAAUAGGCCCAUGGCUUUUGCUCCUCAUCUUUGACACUGUAAUGGUAGCCCUGACCACCGCUGCGGCCUCCUCAGCUACAGCAAUAGUUGAUUUGGCUCACACUGGGAGUGAGAAAGCGAACUGGGUUGCCAUCUGCCUACGGUUUGGUAGUUUUUGCCAACAAAUUAGCGGUGCUGUUGUGGUCUCAUUUGUGGCGGUGGUCCUCUUAAUGGUCUUGGUUGUGAUGUCUGCUCUCGCUAUUCGAAAGCAUUAGAGAUGUCUGCAGUCCACCUUGUGUUCAUGUUUUCUAGUCCGUAGUCUUUUUUUCAAUCAAAAAAAAGACCGUAGUCCUUUAGUCUGUGUGGUGUAAAGCCGAAUUCCAGGUCUCUGCUGUGGAGAAAAAUUCCACAAAUUGAAUAUCCUAUUGAUUGCUGUGAUUUGCCAAGUUUGUAAUUUGCUACCGUUAGUCUUUAUGGUGCAAUGAGAAGACAUCUCUAUGUGCGUGUUCGUGAAUGUAUCUUUUAGAUGCUUGAUGAAAACUUC